AUGAUCCUUUACAAGGCCGAAGACGCGCUAAUGUGCAAAGUGUUUGCAAUGACUUUGCGAGGAGCAGUUCAGGGCUGGUUCUAUACCCUGCCAUCUGGGUCGAUCUGCAGCUUCAAGGAGCUGGCUUACGUUUUCACCAAAAAAUACACUUCUUACCGGACGAUCAAGAACCUUGACCACCUGUAUAACCUCUGUAAGAAGCCCGAUGAAUCCCUUCGAGAUUACAUCAAGAGAUUCAAAGCAAAAAAGGCCAACAUUAUAGGGUGCGAUGACCGAAUCGCGUCUUCUGCUUUGAAGAAAGGUCUUCCAACUGAACAUGACUUGUACCGCGAGCAAACUAUCACUCCCAACUAG